AUGACAGAUUCCCAGCUAUAUUUUCGCGAUAUUUCGCAAGCGUACGUGCAAUUAACAACCAAACUUAACCGAGAACUUUACGCGCGCCUACCGAAGGAACUUAUUGAUCAACUUGGACUUACCAGUAACACUGUUAUGAGGGUUAUCAAGCCUCUCUAUGGAAUCCCUGAAGCAGAGAACUAUUGGUUCAGAACCUAUCACUCCCAUCACCUGGAACACCUCCGGAUGAGUCAAUCAACAUUCGACCCAUGCCUACUCUACACCAUGGAUAGCCCCAAUUCAAGAGAAUCUACUGGUUUCGGCAUCGUUGGACUUCAGACUGAUGAUACCCUCAUUCUCGCAGAUGCCACGUUCGCUGAAUCUGAGGAGAUUGAGCUACAGAAGGCUCAAUUUCUGGCUAAAGACCGCGAGAAGUUAACCAUUGAAAAGCCCUUGAAGUUCAAUGGCAGCAUGGUCAAGCUAGAACCUGAUAGGAUUACUCUUACCCAGGAGAUUCAAUGCAUCAAACUGUCACCUAUUGGCAAGCUAAUCACUCAGGCACCAGGCACCCUGAAAGAUCGAUAUAUUGCAGAACGCGCAAGAGGUACCUAUAUUGCCUCUGUCUGCCAGCCAGAAGCUUCAUUCGACUUAUCUUUUGCUGCCCAAGUGAUCAAUCCAAGCAAGAAAGAUGCCGAAUCUCUUAACAAGCGACUUAACUGGCAGCUAGAGAACGCCGCAAGAGGCCUUAAAUAUGUCAAACUGGACCUGAAAUCUCUUCAACUGCUAGUCUUUACAGACGCAUCAUUCGCCAAUAAUAAGGAUCUCUCUUCACAAAUUGGCUAUGUUAUCGUAUUAGCCGAUAAGAGAAACGCCAGCAACACUACUGCCGUAAAUGCCAACAUUGUUCAUUGGAGUUCUAUCAAGUGCAAGCGUGUUACCCGCAGUGUUUUAGCAUCAGAGCUUUACGCCAUGGCUCACGGCUCAGAUAUUGCAUUCGCAAUCAAGUCAACUUUGGAUCAAAUACUGCAAACUAAUAUCCCAAUCGUACUCUGCACUGAAUCGAAGUCAUUAUACGAUUGCCUCGUACGGCUCGGAUCUACGCAAGAGAAACGAUUGAUGAUUAACAUUAUGUACCUUCGACAAGCCUAUAAAUGCCGCCAAAUUACGGAUAUCAAGUGGAUUGAUGGAGACUCUAACCCUGCCGAUAUAAUGACAAAAAGCAAGCUCUGCAACGCCUUAAGACAACUCAUAGAUACGAACUGCAUCGACUUGCAAGCUAUUGGUUGGGUUGAACGCUCGAAUUGA